UUCCAGAGAGAAAAAAAAAAAAUAAAUAAAAAAUAAGAUAAAGGAAGGAAAACUCCAUCUCCGUUUUCACACUAACACGGUCAGUAGCGCUGAUAAUGGCCGAGGAAGCUCAAGAUAGCGAGAAGGUAAAAAAUGAAACGGCGCCGGAGGAUUCGCCUGAUAUCGAGUCGCAGAUUAAGGAUGCUAUGCGCUCCCGCGUCAACCACUUCAAAGAACAAGCCGAUUCUUUGACCUUUGAGGGGGUCAGGAGACUGUUGGAGAAGGACUUGGGGUUGCAGAAAUAUGUUUUGGAUGUGCAUAAGAGAUUUGUCAAGCAAUGUCUGGUGCAGUGCUUAGAAGGUGCUGUUGAUGGCAAUGCUUCCAAGGAUUCUGGGGAAACUGUGGAAAAACACGCCCGUUCAACAAAAAGAAAAGCAACGGAAUCGCCUGAAGGAUAUGAAUCUAAAAAUGAUAUAAAAGAACCUUAUUCCGAAGAUGAGGAGAAAAUCGAAGACUCUCCCGUAAUGGGCCUUUUGACAGGGAAAAAAACACCUAAAUCAGAAGCUGAGGAAACUCUAGUUGAUAAGAAUAAAGAAGUUCCAAGUGAGAGCAGCAUAAAGAAAGCCUUGUUGAAGAGAGCUUCCUAUGUCAAAGAUAAUUCUGAGAAAAUUACAAUGGCUGGACUUCGUCGACUUCUAGAGGAAGAUCUUAGACUUGAAAAGCAUGCCCUUGAUCCCUAUAAGACAUUUAUAAGCAAGCAGUUAGAUGAGGUAUUACAAUCUUCUGAAGUUCCUGAACCUAAGAAGAAAAAUAUAAAAACUAGUUCUCUAGGAAAAGCAUCUAAGAAGAUGAGUGCUGAAGGUAGUUCUGGUUCUUCGGGUAGAGAAUGUGACGAGGAAGAUGAAGAUGAACUAAGACCAAAGAAGAAAAUUGGUCCAAAACAAAAAAUGCUAAAUUCUGAAGGUACUAAAAAACGGAAGAUGCUAGAGAAGGAAACCAAAGUAUCUGGCAAGAAGCAGAUCAAACAUGUGGAAACAGUAGCAGAGGACAAUAGUGAUGCGGAAGACAGUGGAAAUGCCUCUGAAGAUAGCCAUUCUCAAUCAUCAGCUGAAAAACCAGUCAAGAAAAAGGAAGCUUCAACUCCGGCAUAUGGGAAACGUGUUGAGCAUCUAAAAUCUGUAAUAAAAUCCUGUGGGAUGAGUGUGCCUCCUGCAAUUUACAAAAAGGUUAAGCAGGUUCCUGAGAAUAAACGUGAGGCCCAGCUAAUAAAGGAGUUGGAGGAGAUACUUUCUAAAGAAGGAUUGUCAUCAAACCCUUCUGAAAAAGAAAUCAAGGAAGUCAGAAAGAGGAAGGAAAGAGCAAAAGAACUUGAGGGCAUUGACACGAGUAAUAUUGUGUCAAGUUCACGCAGAAGGUCCACAAUAAGUUAUGUACCUCCUCCAAAGCCCAAAAUACCGGUUGAAAGUGAUAGCGAUGAUACUGAUGAGGAUGAGGAUGAUGAUGAUGACGAUGAUGAUGCAGAAGAUGAAAAUGAUGAGGAUGAUGGAUGUAAUGAUGGGGAUGAUGACAGCCAAACCGACGAGGGGCACGUGGAGGACAGUGAUUGAAUUGAAUCCUGGAUAAGCUGACUCACAGGUCGAUUGAUGGUAGAUAUCUUAGCGGUUGGAGUUUGUGGGUGUAUCAUCUGUUCUGAACAUGUUUAGUUCAAUUUUUUCUACCGUCUUGGGUGUAGGAACAUGGAAUUUGUUUGCAGCUUCUUUUGUUAGUAUAUCAUCUAUAGCUGAUUUGUAACUUAUACAAGGGGUAUCUUUCCCUGAAAAAAUUAGCUUCAAAUAUAAACCAGUACUUGUGUA